AUGGAUGAACAUGUGAAAAGGUUAUCAAUCCUAAUACAUAAAAGAUUUAAUAAAAAAAUCUUAUUAAAAACUUAUUCAAUUACAAGUUCUGUAUCAGAGAAUAUAAAUAUAGAGUACCUUGCAAACAGAAUUAGACAACGAUCUUAUAAAGCAUUUUUAAUAUUUAAUACAAUAGAAUUAACGCCUGCUAAAUUAUCUCUUAUAUUUGUUUUAGUGAAUAUUAAUGGUAAAAUUAAUAUUCCUACUCGUAAAAUCGCUUUAGGAUUUCUUACUAACAUAAAUAUCUACAAAGAGGUUGUUCCUUAUCAUAUUUAUAAUUUAUUAGAAAUUAUACACUACAAUGCACAAUUAUAUCUUAAAAGUGAUAUGGGGGAUGUUUACAGACAGCGAGCUGUAUCACUGAGUGACGAUGUAUUAUCGUUUUAUAUAGGUAUGUAUGAUAUUUAUAUGACACUUCGUUUAGUUAAAAAAAUACCAAAUAUUAUUAAAGAAGAAAUUAGUGUACAGAAGACAAUACCAGAACAUCAUAUAAAAAUUUUAAAACAGAUAUUUUUUUUAGAGCGCUGCGAUUUUUUAGAAAAUUUAUUUUAUAAUUUUAAAGAAAUUAAAAAAAUGACAAAAAUGACAUACACUUACGUUCUUCACGAGACCGUUAAGAGUACUUUUAAUCGUAAAAUUGAUGAAUUAGAGAUUAUUUUAACUGAAAAGGGAUUUUUGUUGUAUUAUAACAUUCCAGAAAAAGAAUAUAUAUUAAAACUUAGUAAAAUUUUUAAAUUUUUUUUUAAAAUAAAAAAAUUAGAAUAUUUGUGUAGGAAACUUGGAUUUUAUAAAUUAAUAAGAUUUAUUAAUAAGUUCUAUUUUUAUGCUUGCGAGAUUGUAAUUAAUAAAAAAGAUAUAUUUAAAGAUAUAGAUAAUAUAAUUACAGAGAUUUAUUUGGAAGAAAGUAUUUUUUAUAAUUUUAUUAAAGAGAUGGACACUAAACUAAUGAAUUGUAUGAUUAAUAAACGAAAAAUUGAUGAUGAAUUUAUAAAAAAGAAUAUGAAUGAACUACUUGUAAAAACAGAAAAUGAUAUUUUUCAAUAUAACUAA